GAAUAUCCAACAAGCGCGCACGGUGGGCACACAGAACAAGGGGCUUGUGUAGUGUUGUUUUUGCUUCCUAAAUAUAUUGACAAACAGGCCGUAAACAGCAGCACUGUCGGUGAAAACAAACAAACAUCCGCGUCUGUGAGACCCUGUUGCUUCCCGGUGCAGGAGGAGGCAGCUCUCGGUACCGUCAGGAACAUCGCCGCGGUGUGCGCGGAGCUUCACGGGGGAACAAUGUCAGGCAAAGCCGCGGUGGCAGUGGCGCUUAAGCCCAUCGGUAACGCCGUCACAGCGGCUCCGCAGAAGUCCUUUCCUUUUGUUUUAAAGAAGAUCAUGGACAUCCCUCCUCCGAACAUCCUGGAGGAAGGCGACGACGAAAUAGAGAAGGAGAAGCUGUGCUCGUCUGAGGAUGUGGAGGGAGGCGGGGCCGGAGCAGCCAGUGCUGGUGGAGGUUCCAGAGGAGGAAGUGGCGGCGGUGCCGGUGGAGGGGUGUCAGCCUCCCUGACUCCUGCCAUUUGGGAGAAGACCAUUCCCUACGAUGGGGAAACCUUCCACCUGGAGUACAUGGACCUGGAUGAGUUCCUGCUGGAGAACGGGAUCCCUGUGAGCCUGGAGGAGGAGGAGCUGCAGAAGACGCUGGCCUCAGUGGGAGUCAAAGGCAAAUCCAUCCCCAAGGUUACUCCUACUACUACUACUACUACUACUCCCGCUGCUGCGGCUCCUGUCCCCGCCUCAGCAUCGUCCCCCUCAUCCGCCGCCACGUCUACGGUCACCUCAGAUCCAGAGGAGGCGGUGACUGUCACCACGUUACAACCAGCCAAGCUAGAAGAGGAGGAAGAAGAGGAAGAGGAGGAGGAGGAGGAGGAGGAGGAAGAGGAAGAAGGACAAGAGGAGGGAUCUUUGUCUGAGGAGACGGCAGCAGAAGUGAAAGAGAAGAAAGCAGAUCGUAGCCCCGCAGAGCGUAACACUCCCUCCCCCAUCGACCCAGAUGCCAUUGAGGUGGACAUUAAUUUCCAGCCGGAUCCCACAGACCUUGUCCUGUCCAGUGUGCCGGGAGGAGAGCUGUUCAACCCGCGCAAACACAAGUUCUCUGAAGAGGAGCUUAAACCGCAGCCGAUGAUCAAGAAAGCCAAGAAGGUGUUUGUUCCUGAUGAACAGAAGGACGACAAAUACUGGUCCAGGAGAAAGAAGAACAACGUGGCAGCGAAGCGUUCGCGCGACGCGCGGCGGCUGAAGGAGAACCAGAUCACGGUGCGCGCCUCCUUCCUGGAACGGGAGAACGCGGCGCUGCGGCAGCAAGUGGCCGAGCUGCGGAAAGACUGCGGUCGGUGCAAGAACAUCCUGACCCGGUAUGAGGCGAAGUACGGGCCGCUGUAAAGAACUCCGAAUAAAACACGAAGUAUCAAUGAGACAAAAAGCAGAACUCCCUUCCCCGCAGAAUUCAACACAGACACAAACACCAAGGGAAUCUAAAUUUGCACUGUUGUCUUCGCUGACCUCCAGUCACUGUGUCGAGCUCCAGCCGUUGUUUCGGCGCUGGAGUUUCGGAUGCAAACUGGCAGGCGGCGAGGCAUGAUGGGAGCGGUGGUCACAGGAAGGCCUGUGGAGAGCGCCUGGCUCCUACACUCAGAGAGGAAGGGAACGAUUGUGGACACUCCCAUGGUCAAACACACAUGGACAAAUCUGAUCCGUCUUAAGACGGUCUCAAGAAAGUCAGGAAAUAUGAAAAGAGCAGACUGGUAUAAAAUAAUUUUAAAUACAACACAAAUCAGUUUUUAUCACUGCACAGCACUUCUUGUUAGUGGACCAAAGCAUGAUAGAGUAAGUUAGAAGUCCUGUAUUUAGAACGGUGCACACCCGCCGCCCCUCACAUUUCCUUGUGUUGCACUUUUGUUUGUGUCUGUACUUCCUUUAAAAAUGCUCCGGCCGAGGCUCAGACGAAGGAGGUUGAUCAACUCACGGCAGAGUAGGAGAGGGACAGAUGGGACAAAGGACAGACUCACAGCGGUACUUCCAGCCUGAAGAGAAAGGAAGCGAAGACCUCAGGUCGGCAGCAGAGAAAAGGAUUAGUGGCGUGAUUCAGUCACAGUUCUUCCUUCUUGUAACCCACAUGCACGCCUCUGCGCACACAACACACUGUUUGUAUAUAUAGUCAUCUCCCUGCACCACAUAGAGAUGUGCGUGUAUCUGUGUGUAAUCCAUAUUUGCACUUAAAAAACACAUUAAAUUGGUGGCUUAUUCACCACCGUGAUGGAAAAGGCGGUAGCUUAUAAGGGGAAAAACAUGCAUGACCUACAAUUAAAAGCUACUGUGAUGUAGUUUCCUUUUCUACUAACCUCAGAUCAGCUUCCAGAGCCUCACACAAGAUUUUCUUAAAGAUAUUUUACAAAUAAAGAGAGUUUUUUUCUGUCUUUAGAAGGCGUAACGUCUGAUGAUCUCCAGGGCCCUCACUGGUGGAGGGGUAUGUUAAUGCGUAGGGAUGUUUAUUUUACUGCACACCGCAGGUAGAGGGCGCUAAAGCCACUGCCUGCCCGGUCACGGUGUAGUGAUGGCUGGAUUGAUUUUUGUUUUAAAAAUUAGCCAGGCCCAAAGGUGACUGCUUCUAAACCUUGUAAAUAAAUGAUUGUCUCAUGGUCUUUAUUCCCCCAAGACAGGGAUUCUGACCGUGUCUUUAUUAACCCAAUACUAUUCCUUAUAUUUGCCAAAUAGUCAAUGAGUGCUGUAUUUAUUCUGAUGGUAAUAAUGCAUCUGUUGAUUGUGAUGUACAACAAUAUGUCAGAUAAUUAUUUCCUUUAAGGAACAAUACUUGUAAUGAAACCAAUGCAGGGAAAUCAAUGGGUAAACUGUGCUUUUGGAUGUUUGUUUUAAAAACAGAUUUCUAUAGUUUUAUGGGAUUUUUUUUCCUCUCUAUAUACAUACAGCAUGUGUCCAACACAGAGGACAGGGCACACUCUUAUUUACCUCAUCCAACACUUCCUAUUUUUAAUGGUUGAGAGUUUAGUAGGGCUACAAAGUGGUGUUGGUUGACGCAGAGAGCACAUAAACAGCAGUUCAUUUGGCAAAACCUUCGAGUCGGUCGUUCUUUUUUGCUAAACUGGCUGUGUCUGAAUUAGUAAACACAUUACAGACUGUUACGGGACUCUAUAUCUCAAGUGUCUUUGGCUGAUGCAUACUUUGCGAUCGGUCAGCUUGUGCUCAUAAUCGCCGUAAUCUUGGAAAGAAAAAUAAAUGUGGCAAUAAUAAUCUGUUAUAUAAUGCUCGUUUUAUUUCAGUGAUGAUGUUGUAUGUAAAAUUGCUAUGAUGUACUAAAUAGAAAUGCCCCCAAAGUCAUUUGUGCUUCCAGUUCAGAUCCUCUGUAGUCUAGGAUCCUAAUGCAUGAAACCCAGUAAACUUGUCCUUUUUUUUUCUUGAAUAUUUUUACACGAAGUGUACUUAUGUCUGUAAACCAUCACUGAAAACUAGAUAUGUUUUUGGAAGGGCAGGUUGGUGGUCUAAUGUACAGUCCUGUCAAAAAGAGAAAAAGCGGAGCAUCUUUGCAAUGAUGUCCUGUGUUUAUGACUUGCAUAAUGGCGCCACCUAUCCUUGUGCAGCCAGUGCUUGACCUUGAGGCGAUCGUCAGCUGAAAACAGCAUCUUUUGAUCACUGUGUGGAUUGUUUUCUAUUUACUAAAUAAGAUUGAUCUAUAUCUAGAUACAGUACACUGGAUCAGUCAGUGAUUUUGUGUUUUUCUUGAUAGAUUCUGUGUUUGUUCCAGUGUCCUGACGGCGUAGCGUGACGCAUUACUUAGCAAAGUGUUUUAUGUUGCAUUGACAUUCAAAUUUAGCGUUGACUGCAUUAUGAUGUUGAAACAUCAAUGUGGUCGGCGUUUGCAAACUUAGUUAUUUUUUUAACUAAAUUUAAAAUGUUCUGCAAAAGGCUGACAAAAGGUAAUGGCCAAGGGAGUCUUUAGGAAGACAGAAAUCAAGAUUGUUUAUAGUACUGCACACAGUAGCAAUCUCUUUUUAAUGCCAUGCACCUGUUUUCAUUGUGUUUGUUUUUUUUUAUUUAACACUUAAUCUGCUGUUAUUAACAAAAUAAAUAAACGUGAUUGUUUCACUGCAAACAUCAGUAUCUGUAACCUCCAUGUAUGACUUAAAAUAAUGCUUUGUCAGGCAUUUCAUCAUGAGGGAAAUGAGCAUGAAAGUAUUAAUUUACCUGCCCAGAAUGAGACAUUGUAUUAAUUAACAAAAAUUCGUGGGGAAAAAUAAAAUUUAACAAAUCUGAUUAAGGUUUAAGAUGUGAAAUGUUAACUGUAAGACACAAAAUGCAUAUGAAAAAGUGUAGUUUGAAAACUGUGCCUGCAGGUGGCGCAAGUGUGAAAGUGCUAUUGUUUUCUUUACCUGUAGAUGGUGCGAAAUAGCAUCUACAUCUGGAGGCCUGAGCUAGUGUUCCACGAUACAAUAUUAUCACGAUUCUUCAGUAUCGAUACAAUAAUAUUGUGAUUUUAAAAGUUUUGUGAUAUGCUGAUUAAAGCAACGACAUAUAUUGUGAUAUAUUGCAAUUUAAUACCUUUUUUUAAACUGCAAAUUAUGUACCCAGAGGAAAACUUUGUGUCAACAUCUGUUUGAUCUAAUAGGAUUAAGUUUUUAUUCACUUCAAUCAUUUUAUUGCAGCAAAAUGUAUUGUGGACCGACAGCAAUUUAUUUUACUAUUCUAAUUGGCUAACAAAAAUUUAUUUUGUUUUUGCGAUAUGAAUAAUUUAUAUCAUAAUUAAAAAUAAAUCAGUACUUGCUGUGGAUGUAUCGAUACAAUAAUGGCACGCAAGAUAUCAAAAUAUUAUGCUGUAUCGAUUUCCCCACCCCUACAAAAAUACGUUUUUUUCAAUACAUGUUGAUUUUGAAUAUUUAAAACCGUUUCAAUAGUUAUUUUUGCAGUAUCAAUACACCAAAACCAGCUGGGCUUUCUUGCUCUCUCUUAUUGUUAAUGUUCAGUCAUUCCGCGCUACUAAACAAGAAAAGAAAAGCUUUGUUAUAGACUUAUUAUGUUUAUCUUGUACUAAAAUAAUCCAUUUUAGGAUCUCAAUGUCAACUUUCCCUAUUGUAUCAAAAAUGGUAUUCAAUAUCAGCAUUUUUUAAGGUAUUCUAUUGAAGUUAGUUAUUCCAGUAUCGUGACAACACUAGUCUGAACUGCUGUUUUCAGCUGUUGGCACUGGCUUUGGGUGCUGCGCAUCAAUGACACAACGUCCUUGUUUGCUAUUCAAAGUAGCUACAAUACUCCUGAGAGAAAAAAAAAAGUAAACUCUGUUGAUUUUUAAAGUUUUGUUUGUUUUGUGGUGUUUUGCCUUAUUUUCUCUUUUUAUAUAAACAUAUAUGUUUUUGUUAGGUGUUUUUGUAUCGUCCUUAACCAUGUAUAGGAUACAUGCAACUGCAGUACCAUGUCCUAACUGUAUCUUGUAUCAUGCAAUUGAAAUAAAUUGGGAUUUAAUGACA